GGAGUGAAUACCAACGACAGAAGUUGACCAAACAAAUAUUGGGGCCUUAAUAUAAACAACAAUUGGAGUAGAUAUCUAAUUAAACAAAUAAUAAUGCCUUCAACAUGCGAAUUUUAUUUGAGCAAUCACGAUGGGAUUUACCACAGUGGAGACACUGUUAGUUGUACGAUUGUUUUGAAUACUACCAAGCCCAAGGAUGUAAAAGAAAUAACUAUCACUUUGCUUGGACAGGCAUAUGUAAAAUGGACUGAACGUGAACGACACGGACAAACACAAACUUGCGUAGAUUAUACAGCUAAAGAACCGUACCUGGACAACACGGUAACAGUAAGUCGCGAAGGAACGCUCCCUGCAGGAUUUCAUACAUAUAAAUAUGAUAUAGUUAUACCUCCAGAAAGUCGAGCCUCCUAUGAGGGUCCCGAUGGUCACAUACGCUAUGAACUUACACUUAAACUAACAAGACCUUAUCGAUCCAAUAAUGAAUUUACUAAAGUACUGACUGUAAUUAGUAAACGAGAUUUAAAUUUAAACCCAGUUUUAAGGCUACCUAUUGAAAAUGAGGAAAUCUUAACCUCAUUUUGGUGUUGCGGCACGGGUAUAAUUAAUACCAAACUUAAAAUACCCUUUGGUGGCUAUGCCAUCGAUCAGUUUGUCGACUACUCUGUCCAUGUACAAAAUGAAUCAAAGGCCGAUAUUAAUAGUUAUACCAUACAAUUUAUUCGUAAAAUAACCUUUACUUCCCAUAAACCCAAACUCAAGACACGGGACGAGGAGACAACUUUAUUUAAAAAGCAACAUGGUGUUAAAUGUUUACGUUACACUAACCGUAUUUUUGAUGGCAGCUUUCCUAUAUACGAUACGCCUGCCUCCACAGUGGGUGAAACUAUAAUAAGUGUUCAAUAUUUACUAAAGGUGACCUUAAAUAUGACUUGUAGUAAUGCUGACACUAUAAGCAUUCCAAUAUUUGUUGCUGAUAUACCAUUCAAAGAGCGUUUGGUAGCAGCAGAACCUUUGGAAACUGAUCCUCUUACUGUACCUACAGUUGAAGAGCAGUUAUCUUGGAUUAGUAGUGCUCGCUGAAUAAAUUCUAAUAAAAACCAACGUCAUUGUUAUAUUGGUUGUCGAACACCUUCAAAGUAACGACUGGCUGCCUCAAAUAAUUUUAAGUAAUA